GAAAAACCGUUCUUCAUAUAACGCCGAUACAAACACAAAUCCCAAAAUUCACUUUCUUCAAUCCAUUUAUAUAUGAAGCUCUCGCAGCAUCAACAGCAGCUAUAGUAGUUUUCUUCUCUUUGUUUUAAUUUAAUUAAAAAGAAAAUUAUAGAACUAGGGUUAGGGUUUUGCUGUUUAAUCCCGCUUUCAUGGCGGAAGACGAAGAAUCUAUCACCAAUGUGAAUAAACCUAUCAUGGACGACGACCAAAAACUCCAAACCGUUGCCGAAUUGGGCGCCACGUCACCAUCACCGGUAGUUGAGAGAGAUUCGGCUUUGCAGGUGAAGGAAAUGGGUCCACCAGUGGAAGAAUCAGAGGUUGCCCUAGAUUUUUCACAGCACGCCUGUUUUGGUGAUGCCGACGUUGAUGUAUCGAUGGAAGAAUCAGUGAGCUCUCAGCAGGGUAAUGGUGAUGCUGAGGAAGUUGACGCAGUUACGGAGACUGAAAAUGAACUAGUGACGGAGGAAAAUGUAACGGCCUUGGAGAAAGAUGGAGUGACAGAGGUGGCCUUGGAGAAAAAUGAGGUGGAGGAAAAUGUAACGGCCUUGGAGAAAGUUGAGGUGACAGAGGCGGCCUUAAUAGAGAAAGAUGAGGCGGCAGAGGCGGCCUUGGAGAAUGAUGAGGUGACAGAGGCGGCCUUGGAGAAAGAUGAGGUGACAGAGGCAUUGAACACCACAAAGGGCGAAACAGAAAGUUGUAUGCCAGAUGGUGCCGGUGAUGAGGAAGUGGUUAUGACUACAAAUGAGACUGAGAAUGAUGAAAUUGUGGCUAGAAAUGAUGAUAUUGAGGGCGCGGAGCAUGGUGAAACAGUGACAGAGGUAAAUGUUUCAACGGUUGAAGGUAGUGUAGGUUUGGGGAAAAAUAAUGAAAUGGAGGCAGUGUUAGACGAGGAAGUGGGAAUUACACCUGUUGUGUUAGAUGAUUCAGGAGGGGUCACUCUAGAAAAGGAAGACAAAGCAAUGGCCACUCAUGAUAAAACUGCUAAUGCAGAACAAAAUGAUGAAAUGGUGUCACAUGUAGAUAUUUCAGCUGUUGAAGCUGGAGUAGAAUCAGAGAAAGAUGUCAAAAUGGAUACAAUGAAGCAUGAAGAAGUGGAAUCUGUUCCUCUAGCUGAGGAGGACAAAGGGACAGGUGCUGAGGACGAGGUUGCUAAAGUGCUUGUUACUCGAAAUGAGGAAGAUGUUGAAGCUGGAAUAGAGUCUGAGAAAGAUGUCGAAAUGGAUACUGUGAAACAUGAAGAAGAGGAACCUGUUCCUCUAGACGAGGAGGACGAAGGGACAGGUGCUGAAGACGAGGCAGCUAAUGCAACUCCUACUGAAAUAGAGUCUGAAAAUGAAUUGACUGAAUCAGGAAAGUCCUCUGGAGGAAAGAGGAAGAGGAAGAACACUAAGAGUACUGUGAAGUCCAAGUCUGGAGGAAGAGCUUCAAGUAGGAAGACUAUAGGAGAGGAUGUUUGCUUCAUUUGCUUUGAUGGAGGGGAUUUGGUGCUAUGUGACCGUAGGGGUUGUACCAAAGCAUAUCAUCCUUCGUGUAUUGAUAGGGAUGAGGAAUUUUUUCGUGCCAAGGGUCGAUGGAAUUGUGGUUGGCAUCAGUGUACUAUUUGUCAGAAGAAUGCUUGCUAUUUGUGCUACACAUGCACAUUUUCAUUAUGCAAGGGGUGCAUCAAAGACGAUGUCGUUCUAUGUGUAAGAGGAAACAAGGGCUUUUGCAAGAACUGCAUGAGAAUGGUCAAGCUAAUAGAAGGCCUUGGUAAAGAAGAGAAUGAUGGUCCGAUAGAUUUUGACGACAAGAGUAGCUUUGAGUAUCUGUUCAAGGACUACUUAAUGGAUUUAAAAGCGAAGCUAUCUUUAUCUUCAGAUGAAAUUGCUGAUGCCAAAAGUCCUCGGAAGGGAGCUGAUGUGUCAGCGUCUAAACAAGAACUGUCCGAGGCACAAUUUGACAAUAAUGAUGAUGGAGGUUCUGGUUCAGAUGCUUCCAUUGACACAUUGGAAGCCAGUAAAACCAAAAGAAGAAAGCUAAGAAAACGAUCAAAAUCUGUUAGAAAGGAAGAGGAUGCCACAACUACGGCUAUUACUAUCAGCGAAGGAUUCUCCACAGCUGGCACCACUGAGUGGGCAUCAAAAGAGCUGCUUGAAUUUGUUAAGCACAUGAAAAGUGGUGACACUUCUGUUCUUUCUCAAUUUGAUGUGCAAGCUCUGUUGCUCGAAUAUAUCAAAACAAACAAACUACGUGAUCCUCGUCGUAAAAGUCAAAUUAUAUGUGAUACAAGACUUGAAAGGUUAUUUGGAAAAGCACGCGUUGGGCACUUUGAGAUGUUAAAACUACUUGAGUCUCAUUUUCUUAUGAAAGAGGAUUCUCAGACUGAUGAUGUUCAAGGUAGUGUAGUUGAUACAGAAUUUAAUCAGUUUGAAGCUGAUGCAAAUGCUGACACUCCUACAAGGGGAGUCAAAGACAGGAAACGUAAGCGUAAGAAAGGUGAAAAUAGGGGACCUCAAUCAAAUCUUGAUGAGUAUGCAGCUAUUGAUGUGCAUAACAUCAGCUUAAUUUACCUACGACGGAAGUUGGUGGAGGACCUUCUUGAAGAGAAUGACAAAUUCCAUGAUAAAGUUGUUGGAACCUUUUUGAGAAUACGAAUUUCUGGUAACGUUCAGAAGCAAGACCUUUAUAGGCUGGUGCAAGUUGUAGGUACAAGCAAAGCUGCUGAGCCAUACAAACUUGGCAAGAGGACAACUGAUAUUGUGCUGGAGAUCUUAAAUCUGAACAAGACAGAGGUUUUAUCAAUUGAUACAAUCUCAAAUCAAGAUUUCACAGAGGAAGAAUGCAAGCGUCUGCGCCAGAGUAUAAGAUGUGGACUCAUUAAUAGACCAACAGUGGGUGACAUUCUUGACAAGGCCAUGGAAAUACAUGCAGCAAGAGUUAAUGAUUGGCUGGAAUCAGAGAUAGUCCGUCUCAGUCAUCUUCGUGAUCGAGCAAGUGAGAAAGGGCGCAAGAAGGAACUUAGAGAAUGUGUAGAGAAACUACAGCUCUUGAAGACUCCUGAUGAGCGUCACCGUAGACUUGAGGAAGCUCCAGAAAUACAUGCUGAUCCAAAAAUGGACCCAAGCUAUGAGUCCGAGGAUGAGGACAGCGAUAGUAAUGAUAGACGAGAUGCUUUUAUGAGGUCUAGAGAUUCAAGUCUUAACCGGAGAGGACGUGGGCCAAUUUCUCCAAGCAACUUCCCUCCAAAAGAUUCUUGGGGGGCUGCAGGAAAUUUUUCUUCAAAGAACUUUGAACUAAACAGGAGUUCAUCUGGUAAAAACGUUUUGAUCAGAAGUGAAGAUGGCGUGCAUCCUGGAGGGGGACUGAAUGAAGACACAUGGAUUGAAGGAAGAGAUAAGGAGACAGAAUCUAUGAAUCUAGAGAGGCAGACUUGUGCUGCUAUUUCUGAGCCAAUGGGACGGAAUAGCCAAUUUUUGUCGAGAACGGAGUCAUUUUCUGGUGCAUCAUUGGUAUCUUCUCCAGCUACACUCCAGGGUAAGGUUGCAGAAAGUUCCAUCAAGAUCAAUGAAGCUGAAAAAAUGUGGCAUUACAAGGACCCUUCCGGUAAAAUACAGGGACCAUUUUCUCUGGUCCAGUUGCGUAAAUGGAGCAAUACAGGAUACUUCCCUGCUGAUUUGAAAAUAUGGAGAUCUUCAGAUAAACAAGAGGAAUCUAUUCUUUUGACUGAUGCACUGGCAGGGAGGUCUGUGAAAGUGCCAUCAGCAGUUGACAAUAUACUUUCAGCAACUGUUCUGCAGAAUCUAAAUGGAGAGAGACCUCAAGUUGACCAGAAUGUUGGAUCUCAGAAUUCUCGUCGUUUGGUUCCCGCUGGAGGUGGAAUGACUUCUGGUGAUGUUUCUGCUCUUUCUACCGAGAGGUGGAGUAAUGAUGAUUCUUUGAAUCUCCCGUCUCCUACUCCAAAGCAGAAUACUGCCGGUUGGGUUGGGGGAGAUGGGCCAUCUGUUACCGGUGCAAAUUCGUAUUCUAGUGGCAAUAGAGUACUCCAAUCUCCUCCAGCUCUACCAGAUGAUGGGGCUAAUACAUCUGCUUCUGUUCAAAACUUUGGUGGGCCAUCAAUUAGGGGAUCGGAAAAUAAUUAUGUGAAUUCUUGUAGUGAUUUUGGUCCAGUGCCUACUUCCGAACAGGUCAUUGCUGCACAGUCUGGAUAUUCUUUACAAACUGCUCAGUCAUUUGCAGCUAGUGAGCAACAGACAGCACUGAUUAAUAGCCAACUUGGUGCACAGCAUACAGCUCUCCAGUCAGUAUCUCUUAAUAUGCAGAACCCUACUGUGGAUGUCCAUACAUGGGUUGCAGUAGCACCUUCUAAGGGAGAGCCAAAUGUUUCUGCGCUGGCACCAGGGCAGUCCCAGGGAUAUGGUAAUUGGGGUACUACAUCCUCAUCUGUACAGAAUCUUGCUGGAAAUUUUUCAAAUGCAGGUGCCUCAGUUUUGCCUCAACCUGAUUAUUGGAGCGCACCAGCUCAAGGCAGCCAACAGAUCAUACAGCCUACAACUGUGCCUAGUGUUCCAUGGGGUGCUGGUUUGCAAGAGAAUGUGAGUUCUGCUUCAGUGGUAAGACCUGAAAAUAACACUGGCUGGGGUAUGAUGCCUGGAAAUCCAAAUGUGGGCUGGGGUGGACCUGUACCAGCAAUCAUGAAUGUAAAUUGGGGAGCAGUUCAGGCAAUGCCUCCAGGGACUGUAAAUCCUGGUUGGGCUCCUACUGGGCCACUUGCUGGUAAUUCGAAUCCUGGAUGGGUUGCACAAUCUGGGAUCCCUGGUGUUCAGGGCUUGACGCCUGGUAAUGCCAAUCCAGGUUGGGUCGCUCCAGCAGGGAGCGUGGGAUCAACUAUUCAAGGGCCUAUAUCUGGUAAUGGUUGGGGAAUGGGAGCUGGAAAUCCUGGAGCACUUGUCCAAGGACCACCUCAAGGAGAUUCAAAUCAAGGUAGGGGUGCACCUACCGGAAAUCGGGGCACAAGAAAUAAUGAUCACCAUCAAGAUGGAAGAUUCUCUGGUCAGAGGGACAAGGGUUCUCAUGGUAGGAACUGGGAUAGGCAAUCAUCUUUUGGGAGUAGAGGGCCACCAUCUAGAGGUGGCUUCAAAAAGAACAAUGUCCCCUGCCCAUAUAAUACGAACAAUCGAUGCGUAAAGGGUUCUAGAUGCAAUUAUCUUCAUGGCUAAUCAGGAGGAAAUAGAGUAGUAGUAGGAGUAAAGUGAUUUUGUACAGUGAUUUCGUCUCAGUUUUCUUUAGUAUAUAGGUCAUUUUGGUGUUCUAUAAUUGUAAACUUGUGCAGAUUAGUAGCUCAUCCCUCUUCUGAUCUGAUGCAAUUUUCCCAGUAGCUAGAUUCAUCCUGCUUAUGUUAUCCGCUUCUAAUAAAGCGACAGCAAGCAUUAUGGCCAAAUAUUUGCCUAGUUUUCUUAUGCUCCUGUGGUACUAUAGAUUAUACUUGGAAAUCUUUCCUAUUUGUGGAUUUUGCUGUUCUAGACUUGGAAUCAUGACAUCUAUGAAAACCCAUCGACUUCGAGUUA